GCUCACUCACUUUCUCCCUGCUUGAAGCAGAGCCUUUACCUUUCUUUAUUUCCUUUCGGGACUUCUUCAUUCUUUCGCGCAAUGGUCGCCUCAAGCAUUCUUGCCCUCGUCCUCGCGGCAUCCGCCUCAACGUCCUGGGCCGGUCCCCUCAAUAAGCGCAUUGCGCAGACUAUCGCCGACUCUACUGCCAAGUGGGAGCAGGCAUGUACCGCAGCGGGUGGUGCCGACAAGUGUAAUCCCCUCUCCCAGACCGCAUUCAUGACCUUGCUUGCUGCGGCUGGCCCAUGCGACCAGCAGAACGCAGGAGACCAGAUGAUCGAUCUCGCGAAGCAGCUGAACAACAACGCAGACAUGAUCAAGUUCACACAGAUCUUCGUCCAGCAGCCACGGAAUUCGCCCGACUCGUUCUCAAUUCCUUACUGCCAACAAGCACCGAAGAACUCUGAAUUGAACGGACUCUUCCAAUGCCAGUUCGAUGGUACGAAAGACACCUUCACGGGUAACCUCCAGGCUGGUGCCCAGGGCACUGUGCCACUUGGGUUGCAGAGUUUGAACCCUCCGAAGUCCUGCCCCGCGAACCCGCAGGGUGGUAUUGCAGACGGUACUCAGCUUGUGGAUGUUACCCAGGAUCCCGGUCUUAACAACAUUAAGGGUGGUUCAGGCAACUCUGGCAAUAACUCAGGAAACACUGGUAGUGGUUCAGGAAAUUCCACUGGUAGUGACUCGGGAAAUUCCACUGGUAGUGACUCGGGAAAUUCCACUGGUAGUGACUCGGGAAAUUCCACUGGUAGUGACUCGGGAAAUUCCACUGGUGGUGAUUCAGGCAACGACACCGGUAGUGGCUCAGACAGUGGCUCAACUGGCUCCUCCAACGGCAACACCGGUGAUACCGGCGACUCGAGCUCAGACAAUGGCUCGUCCUGCAAUCCCAUUUCUUCCGCCGCAGCGCCUUCCGCAACUGCUACUGGUAACAACGCCGCCGCAACGCCAUCAUCCUCUUCAUCGUCGUUCGUCCUCCAGAAUGGAAAGGACGCGCAGAAGCUCAACGCAGAGUUCAAGAACCUCUCUGCGGAUAGCUCGUGCAAUACGGGUGACUCUGGAUGCGUUGGCUCAUCCUUUGCGCUCUGCUCUAAUGGCAAGUUCGAUUUGAUGGACUGCAGCACUGGUGGAAACACAUGCGCUGCUCUUCCUCUCGUCAACAAGCCGGGAACGAGUGUCACCUGCGUAUCUGAAUCCGAGGCUCUCCAGCGUAUUGCCGCGACGGGUGCGACGGGCGGUCUGACUGGUUCAGACUGAACGCGACUUUCGCUUGUGCGAUUUUGUGGGUAUUUUGAUACUGAAGAAUUUUUAUAACGAAGCCAUUAAGGCAGAAAAAUGUAUCAUUAGCUCACUCUUAGCGGAUAUACCUCACAUUCUUUAUUCCCCUUAUUUUGUAUGACUUCUCAACAAAUGGAAUUUUUGAAAUCACAAUAAUGAUUGAGUGGGAACAUGUUUACGUAAUAUUAGUAAAGUAUUAUAAAGGAAAUCAAGGAUCG